GAAUUUUCUGAGAUAUGGUAAACCCUGCGAGCUAACAUCUUUGUGGUUAGCUUAUCGUUGAGAAAGCACGUAUGCGUUUUGCCAAGAAUUGUUCUGUUCUUAUAUUCCGCAAAAUGUUACUCUGAAAAAUUACAGUAAACAGUUGAACGCAUGUCGUACAUGUCAGACCCCUCAAGCUUUUGAACAAAAAAUGUUAUUUUACCGUGGGUUUCUGAUGUUGGGAGGUUUGCAGAUCCACUGAGCAAUUAGCAUGGCAGCACGCAAGCUCAGUUUCAGAAACAUCACAGCCCUGGCCCCGAUGGUCCGUGUGGGGACCCUGCCGAUGAGGCUGCUGGCUCUGGACUACGGAGCUGAUGUAGUUUACUGUGAGGAGCUGAUAGACAUUAAAAUGGCCCAAUGUCAGAGGAUCGUGAACGAUGUGCUGGAAACGGUGGAUUUUGUGGCUCCAGAUGAGCGCGUAAUGUUCCGGACCUGUGAGAGGGAAAAGGACAGCGUCAUCUUCCAGAUGGGAACUGCUGACCCUGACAGAGCUUUAACAGUGGCCCAGCUUGUGGAGAAGGAUGUGGCUGCCAUUGAUGUGAACAUGGGAUGUCCAAAGGAAUACUCCACUAAGGGUGGAAUGGGAGCUGCUCUACUAUCAAAUCCAGACAAGAUUGAAGCUAUUCUUAAAAAGCUUGUGACGGGAGUCUCAGUACCAGUUACGUGUAAAAUCCGGAUUCUGCCUUCGUUGGAGGAGACGGUCAGUCUGGUGCAGCGAAUUGAGAAGACCGGCGUCGCUGCUGUUGCUGUUCAUGGCAGGUUUAAGGAUGAGCGUCCCACACAUCCUAUCCACUGCGAUUACAUUCAGGCUGUUGCACAGGCUGUUUCAAUCCCUGUCAUCGCAAAAAACAUACGAGACAACACCCGGCUUCUCCACGCUCCGAUAGGGACAUUUGCCCCACUCCUCCUGAGCGUGGCAUGUGGAGGUUCUCUAGAUUUGGUGAAGACCAACAGUGAUAUCGAGAAGUUCAGGAAAGCAACAGGAGCGUCGUCUGUCAUGUUGGCUCGUGCUGCCAUGUGGAAUCCGUCUGUGUUUUGCAACCAGGGGCCACUUCCUGUGGAAAAAGUCAUGGAGGAAUACAUUAAAUAUGCAAUACGUUAUGACAACCAUGCUUUCAACACGAAGUACUGUCUGUGCCAGAUGCUGAGAGACAGGGUGGAAUCUCCGCUGGGGAAGCAGGUGCAGGCUGCACAGACCAAUGCUGAGAUAAGUGAGGCAUAUGGACUGCAGACAUUUUACCAGGAGAUCCAGCAGGACCUUCAGGCCAAGAUGGCAGCCCUUCAGAGCAGUAAUCAGCCUAACAAACCCAUAAUGGAUGGAGAUGUGACAACCAUGGCUGUUAAGUUUGAACGGAGAGACUAUCCACCGCAGAUCACACCCAAGAUGUUUCUGCUGGAGUGGAGCCGUAAAGAGAAGCUCGAACAGCCGCAGUAUGAAACGGCGCAGCGCUCUCAGGAUCGAGCAUUUCAGUCAACUGUGACUGUUGCCAACAAAAAAUACAGAUCAUCCCUUUGGGAGAAGUCGAAAAAGUUUGCAGAGCAAGCUUCUGCUAUUGUCUGCCUGCGAGUGUUGGGUGUACCAGAAGGUCGCAUUGGGGAAGAAGAUUCUGGCUUGGUCUGCAAGAGGAAGAGGGAGGGAAAGCCGAACUGCAGCGGUGAGGAAGGGAGGAGCAAAAAGCUGCAUGUUGACAUCUUGCAGGAAGCGGAAGCCCCAAGCCCCACUGUGGAGAUGAACAGUGAUGAGCAAAACCCAGCCACACCUUUAAAACAAGUAGAAGCUUUAAGAGAAGCUCUCAGUUAAAACAGAAGACAGACAGAUUUCUGCAAUGUUUGACUGAACCAAAGGACUGCAGAUCAGCCUAUUGCUGUUCUAAUAUUUUGAAGCCUGGAACCUUUCCUUGGAGGAAACACUAAAAUAAGACUCUUUCAAGAUUUGCUUAAGUCUUCCAUAUUUCUAAAGGAUUAUUUUCCCAGUGGGAUCAACUGAUUCCAUCAGCAGGGACAAAGCCAGGUGGCCUUAAUGAUGCUUUUUUAUUUAAUGUAUUAGAAACUAAACAUUUGUUUUAAGUUUAAGUGGCGAGGUUUAUAUUUGUGUUUAUAGGUAAAGCAGAUCAAUUAGUUCAGUUAAAUUUUUUCACAAAAAUCAUAUAAAUCUUAAUAUAUGUGCCUUCCUGCUUAAAAUCACCAUUUAAAAUUGUUUCCUUUUAGCUGUAAGAUGUUUUGUUGUCAUUGUAAACUUGUCAAGGUGAUUUAUACAUAUUUUAAUUUACAUUCAAUCUUUAUUUCUUAUUUGGAUGGAAUAGGCUAAUUUGUCCUUAUGGAAGCUGGUUUUCUGUUUUCUGUCUGUCUUGGUAACCAAACCAACUUUACUGAUCAGUUGUAAGGAUUGGACAAAACUAAAUGUACAAUGAAAACAUUUUUGAAAGAC